CUGGAAAUCGAGACCUGCCGCCACUUGCCAGCUUCACAGGGUUUGUCCACCUCAGGAGUACAAUGACUGAACGAAAACCUUGUAAAGUGUGUAAUUUCACACGACAGAAGUCAUACGGUUUGGUGGUGCCUUCUUUAGAUGAACUAAAGAUAAAAGGGUGUGAGUUUCUUGGUUUCAGCCCCAGUGACGCUGUCUCAGUGGUACUUGAAGAUGACGGGACAAUAGUGGAAGAUGAAGCAUACUUUCUGUGCUUACCCUCAAACACAAAGUUCAUGCUCUUGCAAGAAAGAGAGACAUGGUCUCCGAUUCGCAAGAUUGAUGGUGGCACCGCCUGGAUGACCAGGGAUUCCAUGGUGCUGGUGGCUGACUCUGUUGACAGCUCCAGUGGAACGGAGCCAUGGCGGAUCCUGGCCCAGCAGCUGAAACAGGACCUGGCCAGUAUUAUUCUCAUGUCAGAGGCAGAUUUACAGACCUUGGUGGACACCCCUUGCCCUGAGCUCGCCUCUGUGCUGGGCUUCCAAGAGAAGAAGGCUGAGAGCCUCCAGGAGACCCUGCAGAGGGUGCUCGACCGCAGAGAGGAGGAGAGGCAGUCUAAAGAGCUGCUCCAGCUCUACAUCAAAGCUGCUGAAAGAGAGGACAAGCAAGAGAUGGAGCCCAGUGAGCCCAGCCAGGAAGGGGCUGGUGACAUGGAUGUGCCAGACGCGAUGGAAGUGGACGCAGCAUCUGGUUUCAUGACCAGGACCUUGAUGGUCCUCAAGGGCAAAACGAGCCCUGAGACCAGGCUCUCCACCGAGGAGCUGCAGAUGGUGGUGAGCAGGGGAGUGGAAAGCAUGGAGAAAGUGCUGGGCUUGGACAGUGAGAGGACUUCUGGGCUGGUGCAGGCCUGUGAAGCCGAGCUAACCAGACGGCUACAGCAGGUUCAGGCUCUGCACUCUCUCAGCAGCCACACACAGCUGGAUGGCAAUCAGCAGUCCAACAAAAGCACUGAGGACAGCCAGGACGAGCCAGCCAAAGGCAGCAAGUAGGCCAAAGCUUCACCUGAAUAGAGACUGAUAAGAAUUCACACUGCCUGCCCCAGGGUCAGUAGAAUGGGAUUUACUGUGUGUUAGUGAUAAUGUCCAUAAACCUGGAAUCCAUGAAUGUUAAUGAUGUUGAUGUUUGCGUCACAUUGUAAAACCUACCUGGGCAAACCACUUGAAUGCUUUUGCCUCAAGAGGAAGCAGAGUGAUUUGCACAAGUUAUAUUUGUCAAAGAAAUAUUGGUGAACUACUUCCAGGGUCUGUCUGUCCAUUGGUACUUAUUUUGAUAAGGACAGUGCCUCACUGUGAAAAAACAUAAAUAAAGAUAUUCACGUACAACUUUUUAGAUGCUAAUGGUUAAUCGGCAGCACAGUAUUGGCGUCUUUCCUCCUGCUGGUACUCAAAUACAGUGCCACUUAAUGCAAAAGGUAUGAACUACUUUAAAUAGGGAAUUUAAUUGAAAGUUUUUGUUUCACAAUUUAAAUUUGAAUAUAGUUAAGGAAUAUAUAAAUCAGUUAUGACAACCCUGUAGAUCUUUAGCAACUAGCAGGUAGGUAGAUUUGUUUCUCUUGGUAUUACUGUCUAUCUACCACUCCUGAAAACUAAAAGACAUUCAUAUCUUGAAUAGAGGAAAUCUGUGGGGAUGUGGGAAUCAGGUGUAGCACCUUCAAACAGCUGACAGCCAGGACCGUCCUCUGCUGUGCCCAUUCUUGUUUUCCACAAUUCCUCCCACAGCCUCAGCCCUCUAUUGUAAACAUUCUUCCCUCACCACAAUUAGUUAUCACUAUUAUUUUUUGCAUGAAUAUUUCAGAAAAGCUGGCUAAAAACAGCUGCACUCAUUUGAUUGGUCUAAUAAUCUUCCAGCAGACCCAUAAUGUCAAGCAAUUUCUGAUUUAGCAAAAGCUAGAAAAGGCUUUAACCCUAGACCAGGCUUGAAUAGAGGCUAUAGUUGUGUGGCUGUUCGAUAAGCAUAAAAUUCUUUGUGAAUCACACGCCAACUUGCUGCCUUCUGUUGUUGCACAUGAAUGAGUCAAUUUGCUCUUGCAGUCUAGUCCCAAUGAAUUUGGGCCCCUGUCAACUUUUGUAAUUGAUUGAUUUGCAAGCACCAUUUAGGAAAUGUGUAUGUGGGAAAAAAUGAAUAGUAGAAAUACUUCUUUAAGGCCUGGUAAGGUUCCAUGGGCACAUCAGUAAAUAAAAGGCUGGUUCACGCCUCAUGCAGAAACACACAAGACCAUGUGCACACGCUCAAAAUGACAUAAUCACUUCCAAAAUGAGUGGGCACAUUAGAGUCGUGUGUGAGGUCGUGCACCACCUGAUAUUUGAAACCAUGUCGAUAGCAGUGCAGCUCCUCUGUCCAGGACUGACUGAACAAAGAGGAGCCAGGACUAUUGGGUGACUCAGUGGGGAUCUUUUUUCUUGCUGGGGGUUGCAGCAUGUGCUCUAAAUUACCGGUGUUUUCAGGCACACAGUUAUCAUGUCAAGCAUAAACACUAAGGCACACACAGACGGCAGGUCUUCCGCUCCCACACGUGUAGCCACACACAUGGCAUGAACCAUAAUGCCAGUGUGUAAGACCACACCCCUUCCUUGGUGUAAGCAUAAUUUUGGAUGUGAUUGGUUCAAAGAAACACAGACAUGAUAGUACAUUGCUGAAUUUCCACCCUGGGAAGAGGCCAGACAUUUCUCCUGGGUGCUGGUACUGUUUUACAUUUGAGUGAAACAGAGUUAGGGGAGAAACAAUCAGCAUGUUUAAGUUGACAGGGAUUUUUUUUUUUUUUUUUUUUUUUGUAAGACAUUGUUAUGCAAAUACUGCCAUAUUCUAUAUUUGUGUUGAGGCUAACCUUUACAUGAGUAAAUGGGUUACACAGACUAAUCUAUCAAUUUAGCAAAGAAAUGUUAUCACUUCCAAGACAGAAAGUCACUACUUAAGGUUUUAGUUAGAUAGAAAUACUAUUUGUACUAAAUGAAAUAUUAUGUGUUUGUUAAAGUCCUCUCAGUUUGUGGAGAUUAUAUAUCAUCCUUUCAUGAGUUUCUGUGAUGUAAAGCUCAUGUGGACAGUUGCGUGUCAUGUGACUCAUAGAUAACCUUCUGUCCCUGCCUCUGUCAUUCCUGUCAUCUCAGCAUCCAAGUCUGUCUCAUGAACAGUGGCAAUAAGAUCCUUACGCAGGAGAAUGGUCGUUGCUUUGAUUUACAAGAUGAUCAUGUGUUUGUGUCAUGGUGGAUGGGGAUUUUGCUACAUUCUUGUACUUGAGAGUUUCAUUUACUACAGGUAAAUGCUGAUCAAAUGCUCACUGUCUUGUUUACAUAGGCUAAUGAUGUAAUGGUAAAAAGGCUGAGCCUUAGCAUGUUGCUUUCAGUUUCACUGAGACGAUACAGUUUUAUGCUGAACCUUGUUAUCCAAAAAUAAGCACAAACUGUAAACUACUUUUCAAAGUUCCUCAACACAUUCCUUUUUUAAAUAUGUAUGCCAAAUGUUACCAUAGGAAAGCUGUAUAUAAUUGUAUGUGUUUAAAGGUAUUUUUAUACAAGUGUUUGAGGAAAAAUGCCUAUGUCCUUUUACCAAGUAGAGUGGAUUGACUAAAAUAAACUAGCCCACACACUCCCAA